UCUACUGGCGAAUGUGGUGUGUUUACUUUAGACUUUGUUUUUGUUUAUAAAUAAAAUGUGAGAGGGUUUAAUGUUUCUGUUUCAAGUGACUGUAAUCAAGGUUAAUUCUAGUGAUACUCUUACAAUUUAAUUAUUAAUUUAUAAUUUGAGUUUAUGAGAGUUUUGUUAAUUUGAUUUUUGAGUCUAUUGUAAUAAAAUCAAUAUAUCUCAGAUUUCAUAAUGUUUGGAACACCACAAACCUCAACCACAAGCCCAUUUAAUUCACCCUCAACCUCUCAGACUACAUUUGGCUUUGGUACUCCAGCCAACAGAAUGCAAUCAACUUUUGGUCAACCUGCUGCAUUUACAGCCAAUAGAACAGCCCCAGCCACAGGAUUCGGUGUUGGUGCUACUACUAGUACUGGUUUAUUUGGUUCGCAAACAUCUACAACACCAUUCUUUGGUUCACCAUCGACAACACAACAAACAACACCAUUUGGAGCUACUUCUACUGCUGCUUCUCCUUUUGGUGGUGGUGCUGCUACAACAUCACUUUUCGGUGGAACAAAUACCGCUCAAACAAGCACACAAUCUCUGUUUGGUCAAAACACAUUCUCAGCUACAACUCCUUUUAGUGGAGCUACUGCUACUAAUACAAUGCAAGCUCCUGGUACUACUAUCAAAUUUAAUCCAUUAAUUGGAAGUGAUACAAUGUUGAAGAACAAUAUCAACACUACUAUCAGUACUCGACAUCAAUGUAUCACUGCCAUGAAAGAGUAUGAAACAAAAUCAAUGGAAGAGUUACGUUGGGAAGAUUAUCAAGCUAAUCGUAAAGGUCCACAAGCUCAAGGAGCUAUGUUUGGUCAAACGGCUACUACUGAAUCUUUGUUUGGUGCUACACAACAGCAACAGCAACAGCAGCAACAACAAAGUGCCACUACUGCUCCAUUUAGCUCUGGUACAAACUCAAUAUUUGGUAAACCAACAUUUGGUACAUCAACAUCACUCUUUAAUGCACCAACUUUCGGUACACAACAAGCAAAGCCUGCAUUUGGAACUGCACCAACCACAACAACAUUUUCUUUUGGACCUGUAAACCAACAACCUGCAACCGUAACCUCUGGAGGAUCCUUAUUCAAUCCAACUCCAUCAUUUACUCCAAGUACCAAUUUCUUUCAACCUCCAGCUACAAAUACACAAACCAAGUCAUUAUUUGGUACCUCAACUACUACAGCUACUCCUUCGUUAUUUGGUGCACAAGCUACAACAACAACUCCAUCAUUAUUCGGAGCUAAUGUUUCUACUACUGCUGCAAAACCUGGAUUUGGAUUACCAACCACAGGUACUAAUACUUUUGGAACUACAGCACCCUUUGGUCAAAACACUUUCAUGUUUAACUCUAAUCCGGCAACAACAACUGCAUCUUUAUUUUCGUCUAACUUGUCAACAACAGUUUCUACCGCCAAUACGAACGCAAUGAAUAAGCCAGCAAACCUAUUCAAUUUCUCAAGCAAUCCUAUUACUACACCCACGUUCAAUCCAACCAACCCUACCAUGACCAAUUUCAACACUGGCAAUGUUUUCAAUUCAGGGACCAAUUUCUUUGGAACAUCAGGUACUACUGGGUCCUUAUUUUCAAAUCCACUGCAACCAGGCCAGACCCAAGUUCCGCCAAUGUCUCUCCAGCAAAGCUUGACACAAAACAUGCCUACUUCUGAGCUUCUUCUGAGUCGCUUACAGCAUAUGCCUUAUGGAGAUUCACCAAUUUCUCAGAAUUUAUUGAACGCAGCUCAUUCUCAACCAGUCAAGUUUUCAACGGACUCAAAAACAUUGUACCAAUACAAAGUUAGUCUUCGGACUACUAGUGCUCCAAAGUUACCUCGAAACGUGAGUGCAUCCCAAGUCAAUUCAUCAUUUUUAUUCGAUGAUUUAGAGGAUGAAAAGUCAGAAGAAGAACCUAAAUCAGCUUUGGAUUUAUUUGCACCUCGCAGAAAUAUCAAAAGAUUAGUUCUCAAGCCUAAAGAUUCAUCUUUAAAUGCAUCAAUUACCGAUUCACCAACUCUAUCGUUUGCGCAAAGACCAAUUUCAAGUGCAUCCAAAGAAAAUGUUGCUGAAAAUACUGUUUCUGAACUUUUCUCUAUCAAUCAAAAUAAUGCUACCAAUGCAUCAAACACAACCACAACCAUCACCGCCAGCAACACCAACAAUAAUAGUAAUCAUGGCACUCCACGUAAUUCAGUUACUUUCGGUGAAACAUCAAUAAUGGGUGACAAUCUUAAUAAUUCUAGUUUGCUUGGUGUUGGGGAUUCAAAUGAUGAAAGUAGCUUGAUUUGUCCAUCUACACCUCCACCACCAUUAAAAUGUGGAUUAAAACUGACAAAAUUAGAUUAUUAUACUAAACCUGCGUAUAAAGAUCUUGAUAAAUAUUACAAUUCAUCAAAUGAUACCUGUCCAGUUCCUAGUUUUAUUAUUGGCCGUGAAGGAUAUGGUGAAAUUUAUUGGGAAGAUCCAUUGGAUGUUAAAGGUUUAAAUCUUGAUGAGAUUGUUCAUAUAAGAAGAAAAGAAGUAAUUGUUUAUCCUGAUGAUGAUUGUAAACCUGAGAUUGGUGAAGGACUUAAUAGACCAGCUCAAAUAACUUUACAUCAAGUUUGGCCAGUGGAUAAAACAACUCAUGAAAUAAUUAAAGAUAUUGAUCGACUACGAACAAUGAAAUAUACUGAAAAAAUUGAAGCCGCAACAAACAAAUUAGGAGCGACUUUUAAGGAAUAUAGACCUGAAACUGGAUCAUGGGUCUUUUGCGUUAAACACUUUUCAUCCUAUGAGUUGGUUAAUGAAUGAAUGAAUGGAUCAAGCAAGGCUGAAAACAAUGAGAAACCUUAUUUAUCGGGAAAUGCAUCUUUAUUAAAUUCACUCAUCAAUAAUCUAGAUAGCUCUAAUCUUUUGGUUGAUCUCUCUUGUAUCUGUCCAGAUUGACAAAUCGAUUCAAGUUGUGAGGAAUGUUUUUACAUUUCAUUAAAAAUUCAUUCAAUUGAAUUAUAAUACCAUGUACGUAUGUUUUAAUAUUAGGAUUUGGCUAUUGUCUACUGAGAGCUCACCAAUCGAUAUAAAUUGUUUAAUUUGUCCUUUAUUAGUUUCAUUACACUUUUCUUAUAUCAUGCAUGUUCUGCGUUUAUCUCCAUCUGUCGUUAUUUAAUCAACAAAUUGUCAAUUUUAUCUGUCUCUAUUCUUUACCGACUGCAAUCCUUCGCAUGCAAACCAGGUUAAUGACUUCUUAAUCAAUAUCAAUGAAUCCAAGUUUUCUAUUCAACUUGAUUAGUUCAUUCAAAUUUAUCCAUUUCGUAAGAGAGAUCAUCUUUUUCAACGAAAAUGAAAGAUUGUUCAAAAAGACUUCGACCUUUGCAAUUAUCGCUAAUUUGAUUUUUAUUUAUCAAUCUUUUCUUUAUUCAGAAAAAAAUUCAUGCAAAUAAACACUUAUAUGUAAUUCUAAUAUUUAA